AUGUUUAAGUUUCGUUUAGUUCAGGUAACAUCUCGAAUUUGGGACUUCACGUGGCUUACCUGUCACACAGCAACUGCGAUGUCUGCGCCUGGAUAUAUCAAAGGACAGAUCACGAGGGCAGCAAAUGCCCUGAAGGAGAAGAUCGUGGAAACGGAAGCGACUGUGGCCGAAAUCUUCAACUACGAACAGCAAACAGGGAACUUCGGCGACAAAAGAACAGCAACGAAAUUCGUAACGCAGCUGUUGGAAGCUCAAGUCGGUCUGAGUCACUGGAUGAAUAAUCUCACCAACGCCUGGAAGCGAGGCGAAGAGCACGUCAAGCAGCUUGAAGAAGGAAGAAACUCGCUACCAAUACUUCAGGAGUUCACGGACCAUUGGGAGAAGAGUAGUGCAGAAAAGAACAUGUUCGACGCACAGCUACUCACGCAAUCAACGGAAUAUCUGAAGCAGUCCAGAAUUCGAGUCCAACUACCGAGACUGGAGAUACCCCACUUCCAAGGAGAUAUGGUCGAAUUCCCCGAGUUCUGGGAACUCUAUAAGCUGGCAGUUCACGAAAAUCCAACCCUCGGAGCACCAGCAAAAUUCCUCCAUCUUAAGAGCGUCUUGAAGGGCACAGCCAAAGAUCUCAUGGCCUCAAUGACGCUAUCGGCGGAGAACUACCCAAAAGCCAUUGAACUACUCCUUAAUACAUACAAUAGGCCGGACGUUCUGCGUAACAGGCUCGUAGAACAACUGGAGGCAUUGCCUCCCUCAGGAAAAGCUGUCACAGAACAACGUAUUACACUGUGCAAAAUCAAGGCCAUAUGGUUCGCUCGAAAAUUUCCCAAGAAGACAAGGGAAAAGGUUGGGGAGAAACGAAGGAAAGGCGACAACUGGACGACUGAGGACUUGAUUGAUGCAUUCGAUGAAGUCAUCGACCAGUUGGAAAUCAUCGAAGACACCAAUCCAACCCCAACAACGAAAUCAAGGUCACAUACGGUCAAUAAUUCGCGCAGUCCAAUACGCCCUAAAAAGUCAGCGGGAAAAGCUCGAAGAGGUAGCAGCAUUGAAUCCAGCACAGGACACUUACCGAGAAGAACCAUGAAGGGCAAGGACAAGUCACUUAAUUCGAAGGAUGCACGAUGCAGCUUCUGCUUGCAAGCCAAGCACAGGACUGCGGAUUGCGACGAAGUGACGUCUCCAUAUGAAAGAAGAGAAGCGGUAGUACACCAUCGACUGUGUUGGAAAUGUCUGAAACAAGGACACAAGAGCUUGGAUUGCGACGCACCCGUAUGCUACAAAUGUGGCCGGAACCAUCACAAAUCCCUCUGCCUUCAACGCAGAUCCUCAUUCAGUCCAAGAAGAUCGAGCAGCCCAAGGAACAGAUAUCUAAGAAGGAAUAGUUCGGCAGAUAGUUACUCCUCAGAAGUAAGCAGAAGAGACAGUUCAAGAUCGAAGUCUCGUUCUCCGAGUCCAGACAACAGAGGAAGAUCACCCACAAGAAGAACAAGGACUUACCGCAAAGGAUCUCCUCACCCGAAAGUCGGAUUCAGAAAAUCGCCGAGAACCUAUGCUUACUCCAACUCAUCUCCUACUCCAACCUCGGAUCACAGCGAAACGAAACAUACGGCUUAUUCUGAACUAGAUUCUUACUCAGAUGAUUCUGAGGAAGAAACCUUUCGAGUUAACACAGUAAGUUCAAAAUUCAUUACUUCUCAUGCACUAAGUAAGAAACACAAGCCUAGUGGGGAUAAAGUUAUCAAAAUGCUUAACCCACCACGAUUAAUGGUAGUUCAAGCACUGACUAUUAAUAAAACCACUAAUACUCCUGAUAGUGGCUCACAACACAGCUACAUUAAAAAGGAUACUGCACGAAACUUAGGACUUAAAACUCAAGAAUCCGCAAAAUAUUACAGCCUUAACAUUUGGAGGCCAUCUACAUACAGAAAAAUCGUACCGUGUAAAAAUUAUACUCCAGAACAGAAGAGUGGUCUCCCAACAAAACUUUACUUAUGGACACGCAAGGUCAUCACCUCCGUCGAAGUAAGUAACACCGACGACAACCUCGGCAAACACCAUAAAAGGAGCAAGACCAAGGAGAAACCACAGAAAGGACAACCCUUCAGCAACCUAAUCUUCGCCAAAGCAAAGCUGGCAGAAAUGAAGAAAACGUCUAUCCCAAGGUUGGAACUGGUAGGCUCCGUUCUGGCAGCGAAAUUGGUUCGUUUCCUUCGAAAACAAUUAAACAUCCCACUUAAUUCAGUGCAAAUCCUAUCAGAUUCACAGAUAGCUCUUUAUUGGAUACACUCCAAUAAACAGCUCAAAACUUUCGUCAGCAACAGGGUAAAAUACAUCAAAGAGCCUUAUACCGUGGAGGAGCUAACCGCACACCAAUUUCGAACGGUGUUCGAUUAUAUUACUACAAAUAACAUUUUGAGAGACCGCGUCCGAGCAAUUAAGAUACCGGACAAGGAAACUACUCCAGCACGACCCUCGGACUUUGAAGCAGUUGCCAGAAUAGUUCAUAUACUCCAGACGUUAUUGGAGAUGGUUGAGCACACCACUCAAUCAUUCCACAAUUUGGCAGUCAUCCUAGUGAGAAGACAACCCCUAGAUAUAAGGUACACCCACCUUAUGGGUUGGAUUCACCAGUUAACCCACAGUAAUACAGCUAUCACGGUCAAUCGGGACCUACUUCAAGAAUUGAUGUUGCCGAGACUAUUCCAGUGGUCUCAGGAACAGGAUUACUUCAGAGCCACCCUCCAACUGUUCGGUAUCACAGAAGAAACCUUCACGGAGAUUCUCAGCAUAGUUCAGCAGUCAUGGCCCAUUCAACUCGCAUGA